AUGAAACAAGUUACAUUGAAUUUUGAGGCAGCUAUGUGGGUACCUCAGAGGUAUGUGCUGCCCACAGUACAACUUCUGAGCUGCAUGUUCCACUGGACCCAGGCAGUUUGGCAAAAGGUUGGUUUUGAAAGGUAUGCUGUUCCAUAAAGUUAAUGCACAAUGUUAUGAUUAUGAUAUGUAUAACAUGUUAUAUAUCUGUUUGUUUCUAUAUAGAUUCAAGAAUUGGGGCUUCAAGUCCUUUAUCAGAGAGACAAGUACCUCUGCAAGUUGGUGAUGUUGCCCUGCCUUCUGAGCCAUGAAAUUCCAGUCAUGUUCGAGUUGUUGAAAGAAAACACUACAUCACCAGCCCUCCACAAGUGA